CGACGGCGCUCCUCCCGCGCGCCAGCCACAAAGCCCCGCAGCCCCUGGGCGCGCGCCACACGCCAAACAAAGCGCAGGCUUGCUUGGCGGAGGAACGGGACGGAGAGACCGGCAGAGAGGACGAAGGAAGGAAGGGACUGGGAAGGCAGGCAGGAAGCCCCCCCGCGGCGGCGCCCACGCAAGGAACAACUUGAGAAACUGCAAGUCGCUUCUGGUGUGAGAGAAUUGGCCGUAUGCAAUGAUGUUGCCCAGGGGACGCCCUUAUGUUUGAUGUUUUACCAUCCUUGUGGGAGGCUUCUCACAUGUCCCUACAUGGGGAGCUGGAGCUGACAGAGGGAGCUCAUCUGCACUCUCCCCGGAUUUGAACCUCCUACCUGUCAGUCAUCAGUCCUGCUGGCACAAGGGUUUAACUCAUUGCACAACCGGAAGCACCUAUAUAGCUGGUUGAUCUGCUAUUCCAUGAGAAAAUGCUGUGUCGAUGGUCCUGUCUUUGAAUAGAGAAACUACGUGAUAUAAUUUUACAUAAAAGAUAUUGAAGGACAAAACAUAUAGUCAUGGAAAGAGGCUGAGAAAUGAAGACACUUGCUGCUUUUCUCUCCAACUGAAUGGCCAAAGUGACAGGAUAAUAAAAAAGCGUUCUAGAAACUUAGUAAAAAAAAGAAAAACAGACUGUCUAAGGCUGACAUCACCACAAGACUAAAGCACAUUAAAAGGAAAUGACAAGUCUAUUGCCAGAGGAUGCUGUGGAGUCCCAGGGCUCAGAUGAGCUUGAAUGUAAGAUCUGUUACAACCGCUAUAACCUGAGGCAAAGAAAACCUAAAGUUCUGGGAUGUUGCCACAGAGUAUGUGCCAAAUGCCUUUGCAAGAUCAUAGAUUUUGGGGACUCUCCUCAGGGAGUCAUUGUUUGCCCAUUUUGCCGGUUCGAGACUUGCCUGCCUGAUGAUGAGGUGAGUAGUCUUCCUGAUGACAACAACAUCCUUGUAAAUUUGGCUUAUGGAGGAAAAGUGAAGAAGUGCCUACCGGACAAUCCAACAGAACUCUUACUGACCCCCAAAAGACUGGCCUCUCUUGUUAGCCCUUCCCAUACUUCCUCCAACUGUCUAGUUAUAACCAUUAUGGAAGUGCAAAGGGAAAGUCCCCCAACCCUGAACUCAACCCCAGUUGUGGAAUUCUAUAGGCCCACAAGUUUUGACUCUGUUGCAUCUGUGCCUCACAACUGGACAGUGUGGAACUGUACAUCUUUGCUCUUCCAGACUUCAAUUCGAGUUCUUGUUUGGUUGCUGGGUUUGCUGUAUUUUAGUUCCUUGCCUUUAGGGAUCUACUUACUGGUAUCAAAGAAAGUCACCCUUGGGGUAGUCUUUGUCAGCCUUGUCCCCUCGAGUCUUGUUAUUCUUAUGGUUUAUGGCUUCUGCCAGUGUAUAUGCCAUGAGUUUCUGGAUUGUAUGUCUUCUUCUUAACAGCAAUUGUCAUGAAAUAAGCAAUGAAACAUAUGAAAUUGCCAUAGAUGUAGCACAGUUAACUUGUAUUCUUAUUUUAUUCCUUUUAUCCAUCAAGAUAGAAAUGCAGACCAGUUUUGUGGUCUUCUGUUUAAAAGUAAUUGAAUGGUUAUUUUGCUGCUGCUCUAUCCUGUUUUUCUAAUGGGAAAACA